UAUAAUUGUUAAUAUGUUUAUCAUUUUCAUAACUGAGGUUUAAAGAUCGGCGUUGUUUAAGAGUGGUAAUCUUUUAUACAAAAACAAGACCGAGAUCGUAAUAAAGAACAAUAAUAUUGAAUCAAUAGAUACACCGUCGCCGGAAUGACCGACGAUGGAGCGGUCGAGAAUAACGUUUACUUGGAUAUGAGCAGUGCACGUAGUGUAAUGCAAGAUGCAACUGCUGAAGAAGUUGUUAAUCAUUCUGAAGUGGUUAUUAAGGUGGACGAAAUGGAAGAGCAAUACGAGUAUGAAAGCCUGAAUGAAGUAUUCAUGUUAUCUGACGAACAGUUAACCGGAGGCAUUCAAACUGCAUCUACCGCGAUAAAGGUAAACAAUCACACAAAUAUCGAGCGACCAGACACAUCCCCUACAGAUUCUUCCGGUACUCGUACACGGCGAUAUGUGAGAAAGGCACGCGGUGAUUCUUCUUCCGAUGCCAUAAUAAGCCGUGCCUCAAAUCCCGAUGUUACUGAUGGGGGCUAUUUGACAGUAUCAGAGUUCAAUAUACACACCAAUCAAUCACGGGAGAGUGGAACGACUUCCUUAUCAAACACCAUGAGUCCACCAUUGCCAGCACGAAGAACACCAAAAGGAUAUACCCGUCAAAGAUCUGUGUCAUCAAGCCUCGUACGGGUUAUUGAUGAAAGCUUUUCUGAAUCUCGUCCGAGGAGGGAAAGACUAAGGUCCUUGUCGCCACGUCCAACGCGAUUUGGCAGAUACUUUGGAGAAGAAACAUCAAUUAUUACAUCAAAGCGUGUAUGUGUUAAAGGCGUAAACGAAGGCGUUGAUCUUGAUAUCGUCAAAGAAUUCUUUGAAGACCUAAUUCGAUUUAAAGCGAGUGAUAUAAGCAGAUGUGACACAACAAACGAUAUCACUAUUGAAUUUCAAACAGUUGAAGGUGCACAAUCGGUACUUGAGAAAGCACGAUCAGAGAAACUCCGAUUGUACGUCUCUAAUACAUACCUGACGGUAGAACCAUGUCCAGAAAAAGACAAGAAGUGUCUUCUUGUUAAUGGAAUCGAUGGCAGCGCUACACAUGCGGAUAUUGCUGAAUAUCUUCAUGAACACUGUGACAUAGCCACUGACAAAAUUCAGAGUUUGCAAUUCGGAACAAAAGAAGGAGCUGCAGUUAUUCAGUUUUAUUCGCCAAGACCAGACAUCGAAACUUUUCGGAAACGGUUAAGUAAAAGGCCGUUCAGAGGAAAAAUGUUGAGGUUUGAAGAGGUGGACCAAUGUAGAAGCAUCAUUGUUCAACACAAAGAUCCGAGUCUGUUAGAGGCAGAUAUUGUUAGAUACUUCUCAAAAACGGGGCUUAGCAGUGGUGGCCAGAUAGACGCUGUCCAAAUCUAUCUUCCCCUGAAUGCAUACGUUGUUGUCUUUCGGUCUACUGAAGUUGUUCAGCGUGUUUUAUCGCAAAACCCGCAUACUUUAUUAGCAACAACUCUAAUUGUUGAGCCAUUUUAUUCAAGUCUCCAAGCAUCUUCAAUUAAUGAGAUUACUACACCAGAGCCUCUCAUUUUCAACGAUUUGGACAGAUACAUCGUAAGAUUCGUAAAGAAUUCAGAAGAAUAUCGAAAGGAAAUGGAAAGCAAAAUGGCUACGUUCAAUGGAAAGGUGGUUUGGCCGUGUAAAUUGAAUUCUGACGGAAGACAGAAAGGUGAAAAACACCUGAAAGUGAUUUGUACAAUUGAUCUGCGCAAAAGACCAAACAAAUCUCUGAAAACGAAACUUAAAAACUGGCAGCACAAUUGUUCGGGAAAAGUUAAACACUUUUUUCAAGAAUUUGAGAAGACGAGAAAAAUUCUAGUCGCCGACCAGGUCUGGAAAACCUUACAUCAGUACAUUGACACAAUGGACGAUCCUAAGGGGAAGUACCGAGCUGUCUUCAGAAACGAGGAUUUUUCAAGCUUAAGAAUUGUCGGCAAAAAGGAAUUAACUAAAGACUUGUACGGCAUCAUUUCAUCGAAGGUGGAUGAACUUGAAAAAGAUUUUGUCGCUGCACAGAAAACAAACUGUUUACAAAAAUUCGUUCAGCUCAGUUCAAACGAAAUGUCUCUUCUUCGAUAUUCAAGAGCACUAGAAGAAAUAGAAAAGGAAAUGCCUACCGUUGUGAUAAAACCGUUAGACCCACCAGAUGGCCUUGAAAUUAUGGGUAGACUUGAUUCCAUUGAACAAGUAGUCGAUAAGAUACAGUACAGUUUAAACAGCUACUCGAAGGAAGUGUUAAACAUAACUAAACAUGGAAUAACUGGUAAGACACUUGACUUACUGAAGACGUAUGAAACUGAGGCCUACAUCGCCAAUUUGUUCGAUAAAAAGAUAGGAGGGAAAUCCAAAGCUUGUUACGGAGUAAAUAUUGAUAACAACGUUGAGGUUUGUGCUACGGACGAAGAAUCUCUUACGGAAGCCAUCAGAAUUAUUAGAGAUUCAAUCAAAGAAAAAGAACUCAAAUCUCUAACUCUGCGACAUCGAGCUGUAUUAUGUGGACAUGACGGUGAUAUUUUGUUUACAAGUAUACAGAAGAAACACAUGGGUCUUUUUUUGAGUUACAAAGGUCAAGAUGAUUCGAUCAGUUUUGUCACAAUUCGUCCCAUAAUUGAAGAGGUUGAAGAAAUGAUAUCAUUGUGUAUUGACAACCAUGAAAUAAUUUCUGAAUUCAUCGAGGUUGGAAGCGGUCGUUUAGCCUACCUUUUGACGUAUAAAGCAAACGAGAUGGAAAACAUUGAAGAUGAAUACCGCCCGAAAGGCGUUGAGAUAAAAGUUGUAGAAGGGAUGCGGAGUGGUUUUUCCAUUAAUGGAGAGAAACAAUAUUGUCGGGAAAUAGGUUGGAGGCUGCAGCUGAUGAUUGACAUAAUUGUUGAAAGAAGUCUUGAACUAAAUUGGGAUGGUUUUGAUGAAUGCCUCAAAGGCAACCAGGGAUCCGGCGUCCAGUCAAAGAUAUCAGUGAUAGGGCUCGAAAAUAAAUGUGUGGUAAAAAUAUCGCCAACUGAAAGACACAGGCGAACAAACGUUCGCGCCAGUUUGAUCGAUACCAAGUUGUGCACCACAAUUGGAAGUCAAGGAGAAUCUCUGUAUUUGGUAGCGGGUGAUAUAACUGACCUGGAGGCUGAUGUUAUUGUUAUCCCAUCAUAUUCAAGUCUUGAACUUUCUGGUGGGAUUGGACGAACUGUAGGAGCUAAAGGAGGUUUUGUAAUUCAGAAAGAAUGUUGUGACAUAAUCAAAUCCAAAAAUGGCCAAGUUUCACCAGGAGAUGUGUUUGCAACAACCGGAGGAAGUUUUUCUGUGAAGCAUUUACUGCACGCAGUCACCCCGUACAAUGAUGCCCUCGAAAAAGAUGCUGAUAUGAUUUUGGCGAGUUUGGUGGACCAAUGCAUUUCCAAGGCAUCAGCACUUGGAGAUAAGUCUAUAGCGUUUCCUUUGAUUGGAACUGGUCAAUUUAACUUUUCCCUUGAUAAAGUUGCUGAGGUUCUUCUUACGACUAUUAUGACAUAUUUUAAAGAGGAACACGAUACCGUUUUAGAAAGGGUUUACAUUUGUGAUUUGGACGAAGAGAAGCUUAAGAAUGUAAUUUUGCAAUUUAAACGACUGUCGGAGUGCGAGGAAAAUGAUGAAUUAGGUGAAAAUUCAACGAAUCGUCGAAGUGGAAAGUCUCUAAAAUUUGAUGUCACAAUGGAACCUCUGGCCGAACUGCAGGCGGACGUUUUUGUGAAUGCAACAACUCGGGAUAUGAAUCUUCGGAUAGGUGCUCUUGGGAAGGCUAUUUUAGAUGCAGCGGGAGAUGAAGUUCUGGACGAUAUCAAACGCGCUUAUCCUGACGGUGUUCGAUAUGGCGAAGUAGCGAUUUCUAACACAGGACGAAUGAAAGACCGCGUUAAGGCAUUUUUCCAUGGACAAAUCCCCGUCUGGGGUCCGAACCAUGGAUUUUCCGAAAUCGUCUUAUCCAAAUUUGUGACUGAGUGUCUACUAGAAGCUAAUCGGCGCAGUUAUCGCUCAAUCGCCUUCCCCGCGCUCGGAUGUGGCAAGAGAGGAUAUCCGCCUGACGUUGUAGUGACAACUAUGCUUCGUGCAAUAAACGAAUUUGCAAGACAAAACCCCGGAACUACAGUUGACCUUGUAAAAUUUGUUGUAUCUUCAAAGGAUUUAGGUCUUUUCGAGAUGUUUAAUGACUUCGUCUCUGGGAACAAGAAUAUGGAAGCGAGGAGUUUUGUCAGCGAAAACUUCAGUUGCUCCUGUUCAAUCAAUGACUUUCUUCUGCAAAGAAGCAGUCAGCAGAUACAGAUAGGUCCUGUAUCGUUUAAGUUGACCCUUGGGAACAUAACGAUGGAAGGCACACACGCGAUUGUCAAUUCCACCAAUGUCGCCUUGGAUUUGAAUCUUGGUCUGGUGUCAUCUAUGAUUCUUCUGACCGCGGGAAAGGUCAUUCAGCUUGAAUGCAACACUGAAGAAAAGAAAAAACAAGCUCAGGAAAACAAAAUAGUAACAACAGGCCCAGGGAGAUUGUUAUGUAAGAAGAUCAUACACUUGGUCGCCGGAGAAAACAUUCAGCAGUGGAGAAAAUGCGUGAAACGUUGUCUCCAGACGGCGGAAGCGGAGAACUUGCCAACUGUAUCGUUUCCUGCAAUUGGAACAGGUCGAUGUGGACAAUCUGCUCCUGACAUGGCCAACGUGUUGGCAACAACUGUGAAGAAGUAUGUUGAAAGCAACGAAUACAGGGGCAUCCUCAGAGCUAUUAGAGUUGUCAUCUUUAAUCAGGAAAUGUUGAACGAGUUUAAAACAACCACUAACAAGAGGCUAUCUGGCGUACAGAGGGGGUCGUGGAUUCCUAAAUUCUUCGUAAAGAACGAAAGCCCUGCAAUAGAACCUGAUGUCAAAUUCCACAUAUUUGCUGAGACAAAGAAAGACGCAGAACGUGUCAUUCAAGAACUUCAUUCCUUGAAGACGGAGGAGAAGAUAUCGUUUCCAUCGUCAGUUAUAAACCGUCUUACAGAAUCACAGGAACAUGCACUUCAAAACAUAGCAAAGCAUAGAAGGACAGUCAUGGUUGAUAUAGACAGGACGGAUGGAUGCAUUGCCGUGACUGGCUUUGGAAGUGGUGUUGCACAGACCAGACAAGAAAUAGAAAGAUACCUAGCAAAACAUUCAAAUGUGGCACUUCCAGACCAUUGGAAGAUGAAUGUGUCCGACUCUCCAAAACAGGUUGAGCUGCAAAAGAAUGACCCUGAUUACAGAAUGGCGCACAGUCGUUGUCGAAAGACGCUACCUUCUGGUACAAUCGUCAAGAUUGAAAGAAUUCAGAACCCUUUGCUGUACAUACAGUUUGAAGAACGAAGAAUAAUUUGCGAAAGUCAAACGAAAUCUUUAUGGUACGGUGGAGGAAGUCCAGAAGAUGCCUCGUACAUUUCCAAACAUGGAUUCGACAGACUUUGUGAAAAAGGUUUUACCAAGCAAGUUCGUACUGCGUAUGAUGAGUUCUGCAGCCAGGACCUCACAGGAGUGAAGGUGUUGAUUCUUGUGGAUGUACUUGUCAGUGACGGUUCAGCAAGUGACGAAGACUUAUUUAGAAUAACAGAGUCUAACCAGGCCUACCCGAAAUUUGCCGUCUCCUUUAAGCAAUCGUUUUAAAGAAAAAUAAAGACUGGGUUAACACAGAACUGUUAUUUUUUUAAGUAUUUAUUAAGUUUGAUGGAAUUCUUUGAUCAAUAGAGUUCUCGUUUGCCUUAGCCAUACUGAUCUUAGAUUGAGGUAUGAGAAAAUAUAGAAAAUGUACAAGUAAAAGUAGCAUUAAUAAGGAGUUUGUAUCUUUAUUAAACUCGAUAUUUUAGUAUGAAUACUGGCAAAAAUAUGGUUAUUGAAGGUAUCUUGAAGACAACGGAAUACAAUUGUAUGAACUGUAUAAAAUUUUUUUUAAAUUGAUUUGGUCAAUAUCUGACAAAAUGCGUACUUAUUGGUGAGUGGUAAUCAAAUUAUAACUAUUAACCAAGUGCAAACUUUCCAAUAUAUGUAUACAACAUGGUGGCAACAUAUCAACAUUUUAUUCAAAUUAUUUAUAGGAGGCGUUCAGAACAGUUUAAAACAGCUACAGAAAUGCAAAAAUAAUUUAGCUCUUUCUUUUUUACUGUACAUUGAUUCCCUAUAUUUUUAAAGCAAGCUGUACUAUGCAUCCUUACUAAAAUUAUUCAUAAACAUUGAGAAAUAUGAAUGCCUUGACCGUUCCAAGGCGGAACCGAACAAUCCUUGAUAAACAAACUUAAGUUUUAUAUAUAAACUGUGUUCUUUGUAGAGUUUUAUGCUGUUGUUAAGUGUUUCUUGUUUGUGAUUGUUUAUGUGUUCUAGGUGUUUGGCGUUUAUCCUGUGUCAUUUAACGAGGUUUAUGUUUAAACUUUCGGCUAAUGAGCUUGUUUCUGUAGCUUAACAUAAACUUUGGAUAAUUUCGGAAUUUAAUGUGUCAAUAAUACCUCUGGUUCUUGUUAUGCAGAAUUUUGUCGAAUAAAACAAAGACACCAAAGCUUGCUGUGUUGUGUAAAACCGCUCCACGAAUUUAUUUUUGAUUAAUUCAUUUAUAAACAUAUUGCGCCCAUACCAUAGUUUCUUUUCGUAAGUUGUUGAUGUGUGGAAGGCGAAACGUAUGUGUAUUGUUUAUUUAUAUACCAAGUGAUCACUUUUGUAGUAUUUUGAUGUUUGGAAUGCGAAACGUAGUUUGGAGGGGAUAUGCAAAAUAGUUGUAUAAUCUAUUAAUACAAAGUAACUUAGAAAGAAAUUGUCAGUGUGUAAAUGACAAAAAGUGUUUUGUAAAAAUAAAGUUAUUU